UCGAGUUGUUGUGUUGCCAUUUCAUAUAGCCAAAGGCAAAGCAAAGCCUCUCAAAUCCUCAAAAAUUCGAAUUCCCCUUUUGCUUUACGUUCUUCUCUCUUCGUCUUUCUCCGAAAUUUUGUUCCUUUAAUCUCAAGAAUCUGUCCUUAAUCUUCAAUCAAUCAAAUAGGCUUUUCAAGGUUUGCUCCCUAUCGGGAUCGGGUCUAUCUUCUCCAAUUAUCUGGUUUGGUCACAACUUUCAGAGAUUUUUUUGAUAUGGAUGAAAACAGUGGAGGUUCAAGCUCACUUCCACCUUUCCUUACAAAAACAUAUGAAAUGGUAGAUGACUCUUCCUCUGAUUCAAUCGUUUCUUGGAGCGAUAACAACAAAAGCUUCAUCGUCAAGAACCCAGCAGAUUUUUCCAGAGACCUUCUUCCAAGAUUCUUCAAACACAAGAAUUUCUCCAGUUUCAUCCGCCAGCUUAACACAUAUGGUUUCAGAAAAAUCGAUCCUGAGAAAUGGGAAUUCGCAAAUGAUGACUUUGUUAGAGGCCAACCUUACCUUAUGAAGAAUAUACAUAGACGAAAACCGGUUCACAGCCACUCGUUACAGAACCUACAAGCGCAGAAUCCUUUGACGGAAUCAGAAAGACAGAGCAUGAAGGAUCAAAUCGAGAGACUGAGAAAGGAGAACGAAGUUCUUCUCGCGGAUUUACAGAACCAAGAGCAAGAACGGAAAGUCUUUGAGCUGCAAGUAGCCACAUUGAAAGAGCGGUUACAGAACAUGGAGCAUCGUCAGAAAUCGAUCGUAUCAUAUGUUUCACAGGUUUUGGAAAAACCAGGACUUUCUCUGAAUCUCGAAACCCAUGAGAGAAGAAAAAGAAAAUCACAAGAGACUACUUCUCUUCUUCCUCCAAGCCGGUCAAACGCAGAGCAGGUCGAGAAGUUGGAGUCUUCUUUAACGUUUUUGGAGAAUCUUGUGACAGAAUCAUGCGAUAAGAGUGGUGUGCAUUCAUCAAGCAUGGAUCUUGAUGUGAAUGAGUCAACUAGUUGUGGCGAGACCAGACCCAAAUCAACAAAGAUUGAUAUGAACUCAGAGCCAGUUACCGUGGCUGCUCCAAAGACAGGAGUUAACGAUGUCUUUUGGGAACAGUGUCUGACAGAGAAUCCGGGAUCGAUCGAACAACAGGAAGUUCAGUCAGAGAGAAGAGAUGUCGAAGCGAGAAAUGGCGGUAAUAAGAUUGGAGAUGGAAGGACGUUUUGGUGGAAUUCGAGGAAUGUAAAUAACAACAUUACAGAGAGAGCUUUGAUAUGAAGCGCUUGUAAAAUAGUGAGUGAGAUCUUUUGUCUUGUGGUUCAUCGUUUACUCUGUUUCUGUAAAAGCUAUUGUUUUGA